CAAAUCAUAUAACUGUGUGCUAUUCGCCAUUUGUGAGAUUCUGUAACACGUGGAAGCGGACAGCAAGAUGUCUAGCCAUUUGUAUUGGUUGAUUGUACGAAAGUCUUCAAGUCAUAUGGUGAAGAAAAGAAAUAUUAAGAAAUAUUUCAGCACUGAUCCUCUAAAUUUGAAAAAAAUUCAUUCACCUCGUUAUUGUGGUCUAGUUCAGAAAAAAGCUAUAAUGAUUGACCCACAUCCGAGCAGCAAUGGAGUGACUUUUAUUCACAAAAAGAAGUAUUCUCAACAUCGUCCAGCUCGAGCCUUACUACGUACCCCAUUCACAAAAAAUGCUCGGAGGACUAUGACGAACAUCAAAAAGUUUGUAAGAAGGUUCCAAUACAGGAAAGAUUUGAAAAUGCUUGCUUUCAAGUCACGUUUCAAGUGCCAUCUCAAUUUUCCAGAGGCCUUUGAUUCCCAUAAAUGA